CAUAAGUAAAGUAAUCUGGUAACCACAGUGCUAAGCUCCAUUAUUAUACAUUGAGUCAACCUGACAAGUAUACUUAAACUACACUAAAACCAAUUUAAUUGGGUCUUUUAAAAGGCAGCUUUAUUAACUAGUUCCUCCUCCUGUAAAAUGAAAAAAGAAGUGGUUGAAACCCUUGGGUUUUCCCCUGUUUCCAUCAACCAAUUUACCUGACUCAGAUGUCAUGAGUCCCUUACUCCUGCUUCAUAUUUAGUUUGUGUGUCUGAUUUCAUUUUGCAUGCUUAUUUGGCCUUGUUCUUAAAGGAGAAUUAAACCCACUAUAAACUAACCCAAAGUCAUAAAGAUCCCCUUUUCCCCAAUACCUCAGGACCAAUGAAGAUCUACAGUGGACCAUCAUGUUUGGUGAUUGUCAUUCUUUAAGCGCCUCCAGAACUUUACACAUCACAUUCACACAGUUCAACACAUUGGAGGGGGUCUAUACUUAUGCUUAUUACUAGUCCAAACCAUACCACUAUUUGAAUUGCCUGAUGUGAGUCAGUAAUUGCCAUUUGAAUAGAUGUGCAUGAAUAGAGGCUUCUUUCUUUCAGAGCAGGAAGCUGAGAGUUGAUGCUGAUAGGACAGGCAGGUUUUCUGGCAGUGAGCAGGCAGUGCCAUGCAAAGACACACAGCCUGUAGAUCAGAAGAUGCAUCCAGUUAGUAACAAUAUGUUGAGGCACAAACUGUUGCACUGGGUGUGUGCGGCUGGGAUGCUGUUACUGGUGAUGCUGAAGUUGGGCUUUGCUGGGGAUUCCUGCAGCUGGAAAGGAAGUGGUUUGAUACGAAAUCCACAUUCCCGUGCUGUGGAACAGAUUCAUCUCCGUUGCACACAGGGUUCCUUAUUAUGGAUGUACCCAACCCGAGCCUUACGUGUUAUUCUGGAACCCAACCUAGCCAAUGGCAAGUACACCACUGCCUGCAUUAAGCCAUCUUCCUCCUUCCAUGGGGCCGACAUCUACAUUGAGGAGGGUGGCAAGAUGCACCUGCUUGUGAAUGAGGCCCAUGGCACGCAGCAUCUCCAUUGCUUUGGCAUGGAUACAACACACAGAGUAACCAUCUUUUUGAUGGCUAAUCCACAGCAGAACAUUGGAGGUGGAACUGUGGGCUUUCAGUAUGAACUGCUCAGCAAGAGAAGAACAGGACUGGGGUUGCAGAAGCUGCCACCUGGAGAAGCUGCCUGUCGCCCAUGUGACAAUGCAGACCUGCUUAUGGCCGUGUGUAGCAGUGAUUUUGUGGUGAGAGGCUCCAUCAGGAAUGUGAGCCACAAUCUGGAGUCUCAUGUAUCACUGGUGGGCAUCAGUGCCUGGAGAAUAUACAGACAGAGGAACCACAUCUUCCAACCUGACCAUCCCACUGGGGGGUGGACUGGAUAUAUCAGAACUCUACUCCAAUGCAGAGUCAAGAAAGGGCCAGGAGAUUUCUUGUUCACUGGCAGUGAGCAUUUUGGGGAUGCUUGGCUGGGAUGUGCUCCCAGAUUUAAAGACUUUCUACACAUUUAUAAGGAAGCCAAACUACAGAAAUAUAACCCCUGUGAGUUCCCAACUGACUGAAAUUCAGUCUCUUCUCUCCAGACUGGAGUUGAAUUGCCAAUUUCAGUAUAGUUCGUAAAUGUGUUUUCUUCCAAAUGGGAGAAACAAAGGACAACCAAGCAAAGACAAAGCUAAUGUUGCAUUUUGGUUACGUGCCUGGCCAUACUUCUUAAUACUUACUUGGAGAUAGAAGGUUGCAUAAUAAUAAUGUAUUCCUCUUUGCAACCAAGGGAGAUCUGAAGAUACUGUACCUGAAAAAUCCUAUGAGUUGCAGCCCUCCAUCAUGUAUUGAAAGGAUCCUGAUGUCUAAUUCUGGCAACAUACAGGGAAGUAUCUGUAUCAACAUGAGGUUCUUUGGCCAGUUUGGCCAAUAAAAGGAACAGUUUAGGCAAGACUGGACCAUUUGGGGACCCAUACAACUGUUGCUCCUAUGAAGGCUAGGGUUACUCAUAAGUUGAGCAUAUGUACCAACAGGUUCAGCUGAAAUCUUUUCUGUUUAGUUCAAACAGAUUCCAGUGUCAGUGUUUCCUUGCAUUGACCUCACAUUGAAUCUUAGCAAAGAAAAGGAAAACAGGCAAAACACUAAUUGUAAAUUGUCUUACAUCAUUCUUAAAGUUCUUUUAAAGGUAAACCCCCCCUUUCAUUGCACACACUAAAAUAGUAUUCAGUAUAUUUCAGUUUAUUAUUCACCCUAUAUUGAGUGCUGGCUUUUGUGAUGUGAAUUCUGAUCAAAUGGUCACAGUUAAACUUGGUUCUCUUUAGUGAUAAUGUUUUGUUCCUUGCACCACUGGCUAUGAUGUUUGAUACUUUUUUUUUUAUAAUGUGUGAUACUGCUAAAUGUAGUAAGCCAUGGUAAGUGAUAAUCUACCACCACCUAAACUCCAUCUGGAGGCAGGCUGUAGACAUACAGUGACUUCCAAUAUAUAACAUGGCAUUCUGGGAUGAGAAGUAAGUACUCAAAUACAGCAGGAAACUCAUCUAACAAUCUGCCUUCUAGGCUAUGGUCAACUGGAGGCCCAUAGCUGUGAUGUAUCCCUCCAAGAGAUUUCUAUGGCCUCCAAAGUGCUUGAGAUGCAAUUACCACUGUAGGUGACAUCAUCAUUAUAUUCUAAUCUGACCCCCAAACAUGGAGUUGUAGUGGUCAUACCUGUCUAGUGCUUAGCAUUGGCAUAACUGAGUUGGUAAAGCCAUGGUAACGACAGCACUGACAUGCAGAGGAGCAACACAUGUCCAUUAAACACCAGGUGAUACAAGAGUGCAUGGGGUGUGCCACUGACAGCAAAGGACAUUGCUAGUUUAGUAUUGUAACUGUUGUGGUGGUGGUGGUAUGUCCUCCUGCUAUCCAUGAGAUACUUAUGUUAUUGGCCUAUCCUGAUUUUGCCAAACUCUUGUCUGGACACUGGACUUGUACCAUGUCAACCUGUACUGAAAUUUGACUUUUCCUUGCCUUGCCUACCAGCAUAAGUGCAUGCAUGCCUGCCUAUUACCUUCCAUGCUAGUACUUAUCCUUAAUCUUGCCCUGUUGCUUGUUUCUAUACAAGUUCCUACCUUCUGUUAACCCUGCUGUCAAUAAAGUGUUUUACUGUUUGCGUCA